GCACUGCAAGAAUUAGUAGGCCAUGGCCUCCUUUCCACAACAGUCCACUCGGAAAAACAUUCGAAAUAGUCCGCGAUCUCCUGUGUCAAGUACUGCUACUUCUAUGAAGAAAAGUGGGAAAAAGGGAGGCCAACAGCUGCGGAGCCAAACUUUACAAGAAGCUAAACGAAAAGGGAGGAUGGAUCGGAGUCAUGGGGAAGAAGAUGUGAUUCUGAAGCUCCAACAGAUGAACCUAAAUGGUGAUAGUCUUACUACAGAGACUGGACUAGUCUAUGAUGAACGAAUGACUGAGUUUUUUUGCAUUUGGGAUAAAAGCUUUCCAGAAUGUCCAGAGCGAGUGACAUAUGUGAUGGAGAAGAUUCGGCAAUAUGGACUGUUGGAACGCUGUGUUCAGGUCCAGGCUCGAGCUGCCACAGAAGAUGAACUCUUGUUGGUGCAUAGCCAAGAAUACAUGGAGCUGAUGAAGUCAACACAGUACAUGAGUGAACCAGAGUUAAAAUCUCUAGCUGAUACUUAUGACUCUGUCUUUCUCCACCCUAAAUUCUAUGAAUGUGCUUGCUUAGCAGUUGGUUCUGUAUUACAACUUGUAGACAAGGUCGUAUCAGCAGAAAUACAAAAUGGCUUGGCUGUAGUCAGGCCCCCUGGACAUCAUGCUUACUGGGAAAAGAUGAAUGGCUACAGCAUGUUCAAUAAUCUUGCCAUUGCAGCCAACUAUGCCAAGCAAAACCAUGGUGUUGAACGAAUCCUCAUUGUAGACUGGGAUGUUCAUCAUGGCCAGAGCUUGCAGUACAUUUUUGAGGACGAUUCAAGCAUUCUCUACUUUUCUAUCCAUCGAUAUGAGCAUGGGGAGUUCUGGCCACAUCUUCCUGAAUCAGAUUCCCAGGCUGUGGGGAUUGGACGAGGAGAAGGCUACAAUAUCAACAUUCCCUGGAACAAGAUUGGUAUGGGUGACGCAGAUUACAUAACAGCAUUCCUGCAGGUCCUUAUGCCAGUAGCAUAUGAGUUCCGUCCUCAGCUUGUUCUUGUGGCAGCUGGCUAUGACUCUGCUGUGGGAGACAUUAAGGGAGAGAUGCAGGCUUCUCCAUCAUGUUUUGCUAUUUUGACACACCUCUUGAUGUCUUUGGCUGGAGGGAAAGUUAUUCUUUCUUUGGAGGGAGGAUAUAAUUUACAGGCUCUCGCUGAGGGAGUCAGUGCGUCACUGAAGAUUCUACUUGGGGAUCCUUGUCCUAGACUGGCUGUGCCCUUUACCCCUUGUCAAAGUGCUUUGGAAUCAAUUUGUGCAACAAUCAUGGCGCACCGUCCCUAUUGGAAGGGUCUGCAGAACUUUUCAGCAGAUAAGCCAGUUGAGCUAGAGGAUGGUGAAGCUGCAUCAGCCAUCACAAAGAAGGAAUUUGCUGAGGUUUUGCAAGAGUCUGUGGCAGAGGUGUUCAGGAAAUUGCCUUCUGAGCGAACUGCACUGGUUUAUGAUGAACGGAUGAAAGAACAUUAUAACAUGUGGGACAGCCAACACCCAGAACUCCCUCAGCGCAUCUCUUGCAUUUAUGCCCAGCACGAGAGCCAGCAACUGACUGAACACUGCCUUCGUAUCCCUGUCCGCUCUGCUACUGAAGAAGAGUUACAGAUGUGUCACAGUUUGAAAUAUAUCCAGACCAUUAAAUCCACAGUAGACAUGAAGGCGCGUGACCUUCAUCGGCAGAGCGAUGAGUACAUUUCCAUUUAUCUCUCUCCAAAGACGUACGAUUGUGCCUUGCUAGCCACAGGCUCCACAUUCAACGUGGUAGAAGCAAUUUUGACUGGCAAGGCACAGAAUGGGGUAGCAAUUGUGCGACCACCUGGGCAUCAUGCAGAGAAGAAUAUGGCUUGUGGAUUUUGCUUCUUUAAUACAGUUGCAUUGUCUGCACGUUAUGCUCAAAAGUUGAUGGGAUACAAGAUGAAGGUGAUGAUUUUGGACUGGGAUAUCCAUCAUGGUAAUGGGACACAGCAUAUAUUUGAAGAUGAUCCAAGUGUUUUGUAUGUGUCACUUCAUCGAUAUGACCAUGGUUUAUUCUUCCCAUCAUCAGAAGAUGCAAACUAUGACAUGGUAGGGCGUGGUGAAGGUGAAGGAUUCAACAUCAACAUUCCGUGGAGUAAUGGUAGGAUGGGUAAUCCUGAGUAUAUCUCUGCUUUCCUCAGAGUUGUGAUGCCUGUGGCUUAUGAGUUUGGUCCAGAAUUGGUCUUGGUGUCUGCUGGUUUUGAUGCAGCUCAGGGUGACCCACUUGGUGGCUACACAGUGACUCCUGAAGCUUAUGCCCAUAUGACCCACAUGCUGUCGAGUUUGGCUGGAGGAAAGGUUAUUGUGGUGCUAGAGGGUGGUUAUAAUCUCACUUCUAUCUCAGAGUCUAUGUCUAUGUGCACAUGGACCCUUCUGGGAGGCACACCACCUGAUCUGGGCAGAAUGAAAACACCUCACCUUAGUGCUAUGCAAUCCAUAAGUAAUGUUAUUGGGGUGCACCGGAAAUACUGGAGCAGUCUGCGCUUGCAAGUAACAGAGCCUGUAGCAGAAGACACUCCAAUUCAAGGUGUAACACCAGCACAGAAAACUAGUCCGAGUCCAGAAGUGAAGAGUGCUGAAGGAAAACACCGAAGUUCUUCAGAGCUUCAUAUGAGCCCCUGUACACUGUCACUGCCUGCAUCCCCAGAGCAGACUAUAAAACAAACCGAUGGAAGUCUGACGUUUCAUGAUCUCAGUGGAAGUUCAGAACAGGUGGUGGAUGAUGAUUCUUUUCACCAGAUGAAAUUAACUCACAAAUCUGUAAUGCCAACAGAGGUGCAGACUUCUGAACAAAUAUCAGGAGAUAAAGAAAUCUCUGACAAAAUUAUAGCAUCUUCUGUACAGAUAUAUGUGGAUCAAGAACAUUUGCAGAAGUCAACUGUGGUGCAGGAGCCCACUGAGGGCAUAAGAGCAACUGUAGAACUUGCCAAAUCUUUGGAUAGCCACAAACCUGCUGGACAGGUGACAGCAAGAAUGCAGUCUGUCGGACAAAGAACAGAAGAGCAAGUGCCUACUGAUCAGUUACCUGUAGGACAAGGAUCUGUAGAACAGAUACCAGGGAGUCAGGAAAAUGUUGAACAGGUAACAGCACACACUGUCUCUGUUGAACGGUUAUCAGCUGAAGUAGAAUCCAUUACUAUUAGUGAACUAAAAAGUAAAGAAGAGAAAGCAAGAGAAGUAUCUCCCAACCAAAGUAAAACCUCCACUCCGUUCUGCAUGUCUGAGAGUCUCAGCUCAGUCCCUGUGGGAGGAGCAAGGCAGAAAGUGAAAUCUAAUGCAAGCGUUUCGAAGGAGAGCAGGAUCAAAGCAAAAGAGGAGAAUGAAAUAUUGCCAGUAGCAGAAACUGAAGAUAAAGCAGUUGUGAGCAACCCUGUUUUUCAAGAAAAGACACACCAGGAAUGUAAUGUAAACAGUGCUGUCUCUGAUCCACAGGAGGAGCUCUUAGGUGAAGCAACUGGUUGGUCCAACGUUCUUCGUUCUGUACCAUUCUGUCAGUUGUUUGGAAAUGAUGUUUCCUUGGAAUCGGGAACACUUUAUGCAGUUACGCCAUUGCCAUGGUGCCCUCAUUUAGAGACUGUACAUCCUGUACCUUCAUCUGGGUUGAACGUGCUACAAACAUGUAGUGAUUGUGGAACUGAGAGGGAAAACUGGGUCUGUCUAGUAUGCUACCAGGUGUACUGCGGAAGAUAUGUUAAUGAGCACAUGCUGAUGCACGGUUUAAGUACAGGACACCUGCUUGUACUGAGCUAUACAGACCUAUCUGUCUGGUGUUAUGGCUGUGAAUCGUAUGUUCAUAACAAGGUUUUAUUUGAAGUACAGAACACUGCCCACAGACUAAAAUACGGAGAACACAUGGCUGGUUUUAACUGAAGUUUACAAAGUGUACUCAACACAAGCACAAAAACAUGUUUUCUAGAUGGUAUCCCUUUACCUAUCUGUACAUCCGUUACAUAGAACUUCCUUCUGAUUACAGAGGGAUAUAACGUCUUUCAUAUGUGGUGACUUUACUUCCGUAUUAAUGCAUCCUUGACUUAUAUGGGGAGCCAUUAAGGAUGCCAGGAAGAAAAACCGAAGGAAGGUAGAAGACAGCUGUACCUUAAGUCUUCAUAAUGAAAGGGCACUACAGAUUUGGGCUUCUGGCCCAGCAGGAAGUCAGAUUAAUGCAUCUAUUUUUCACCACAUCACAGUUUUUCAGAUGUUUUUAAUGAUUUAUAUUUGUUGCACAUAAAGGUUUUGUAUAAUGCACACUGAUAAUCAGCUGGAUAACCAGGCCACUUCUCAGGUGCUUUGCUUACAGGAGUUUGUGUAUGCAUGUAGUUUCCUACUUUGCACAUGCUUUCUUAUAAUGUAGCCUGAUGUUGUUCCCCCUUGUUUCUUUUGCUUCAGCGCUUUUUGCAGUCUGGUUUUGUGUGCGUCAGUUCACAAAAAAAUGUAUAAUGUGCCUAACAGAUACCACAGCAUUUAAUCUGUUCCUCAAGUCCUGUCAUUGAGUUUUGUUUUAACUUACUUUGCCUAGUCAAGUAUGUCAUCCAGAAGGAAGUGAGUUUAACUGUUUGGCGGUUUCUGUUUUUAUGAGCAGACCUGACCUUCAUCUGAUUUUGUGGAUCUACAAAAGAGUAUUUCUGUACCACCAGCACCUCUCUUUUUUAAUCAGACAAACAGACAAUCUGUAUGAGCCAGCACAGUUUCUCAUCCCUGCCAGGAAACCAAAAUCUUUGUUUCCCAGUGAUGUCUGAGCCUCAAUUUUCACCAGCAUUAAGGACUUUGUGGUACUGGGAGUAUUAUCUAUCUAUCUAUAUAUAUAUAUAUAUAUAUAUAUAUAUAUAUAUAUAUGAUAUUUUACCAGUAAGAAGUUUGUCAGGACAGUUUUAACUAUUAAAGUCUGUCUAUGCAGUACUUUUGAGAUCUGCUCUGACUUCUGUAGGUUUUCUUCAAUCACAGAGCAGAAAGCUCAGCUUUUACAGAACUGGAGUGUCUUUGAAACAACGUUGUGCCUUCAGCUGUACUAGUAUUUGCUGUCACUGGCAUUGAGGAUUUCAAAAUAAUAAAAUUUUCUUUACCUGAA